UGUCCAAACUCGAAAAUCCAACGAACACAAUCAGGUGAUAUGACUUACCGUCGGAUUUCGGACACAUAGGCUAGGCACUGACCAGCACGAGAAGUCCUUCCGCAAACCUGCACAAUCGACCUUCUCCAUGGCGAUACGUCCUCUUUGCGCGCAUUCACUUGAACUUGCUUGUUCGAACUGCUCAUCUACGACAUCCGCCGAUCGCCUAGUGGAGGUAUAUAUGGAUCCCUCUCACGAAACCAACGUCUGUCUUCUGAUGCCCAUGAGACACCACUGUGCGGAGGACAUGGAAUUCGAGCCAUCCGUCCUUUUGCUUCUCAUUUUGGGUGGCAAUUUGUGGUCCCUGAGGGACACAGACUCGGAUUGUCGCCUCGGAACUUCGUGUUACCGCGAGAAGACUGGCAGAACCCAGAUACCAAUCUUCGGUGCACGGGGAGAAGAUGAACAAGCAAUGAAGUAGGAGUGGAUGGAAGGCGUGCCGUUCGACUUAUUCGAGAUGGAAUCUUCUCCGACCUGACACGCGACGACUCCCCUGAUGUCUACGCUUCGGAUAUCAAAAAGUAUCUCCACGGCCAUU